AUGCCAGCGGCUUUAUGUCUCGUUCGUGUUGGCUUCUGCAGCGAGCCAGGGCAGCACCUUAUUGUUGAGCCGUUCGACACCUUGUUCGCAGCGCCGCUCCUUGCCCAAGUCCCUUUCCUCCUCUCUAUUCUCCUCUUUACACUGUCAGCAUCGUCGCCACCCAAUAUUCUUUCAUUACCGACACAAGUUCCUCGAGACUCCCACGGUAAAGUGCUGCCGACCGCCUCCCCAAACACAACGACCAACAGGCUCCACGACAAGUCGACUUGUUCAGCAACCAAGCGAAACCCACAAAUAUAUACACAAUACUAG